UCCUUCUCCCCCUGUGUGAGGCGCCGUAGUUUGAGUUGGGACUGUGCGCGGGAUGUGGGAGUCCUACGAGCCGGUGGAGGCCAGCCUGGGCCGGGAGGAGAGCUUCCUGUCCCUGGGGGACCUGCUGAUGUCUCAGGAGAAGCUGCCCUGCCGGCUGGAGAGCGGCUUCCCGCGCCUGGGCUUCCUGGAGAAAGGCGGAGACAGCGACCACAUCCCUGAGGGCACCAAGAUGGAGAUGCCGCUGUGGCUGGUGAAGGGUCUGUAUGACAACAAGCGAAGAAUCGUCUCUGUGGAGCUCCCAAGGAUCUACCGGGAGGGCUGGCGCACCGUGUUCAGCGCCGACGCCAACGUGGUGGACCUGCACAAGAUGGGGCCACAUUACUACGGCUUUGGCUUUCAGCUGCUGAACUUCGAGAGUCCCGAGAACGCAGAGAUUGCCAAGACGAUACUGCAGACAUUCAUCGGUCGCUUUCGUCGCAUCAUGGACUCUUCUCAGAACGCUUACAAUGAGGACACGUCUGCGCUGGUGGCGCGGCUGGAUGAACUGGAGCGUGACUUGUUCCGGGCCGGACAGAAGGGCUUGAAUGCUUUUCAGAGCUGGGAACGGGGGACUGCGGCUCAGAUCACAGCCUCCAGCCUGGUGCAGAGUUACAGGAAGAGGAAGUUUAACGAGGCUGAUAUGUAAUGGCUACGUGUGAGGGGCCCGGGGCCACAAAGAGACUAGCAGCGCUGGGAGCUGCGGGGUGAAGCUGUAUGUAGCAGGGUGACUCCUCUGUAUAAAGGACCAUGCACAACAA